GCGAUACGGGUUCAGUAAACAGUCCAAACAGGACGAGGCGGACGGGAGGAAGGCUUCGCAGGCCGACGGCGCUCAGGCGGCGCCCCCUGGGAUGGCGGAGGUGUCGGAGGAGGACGACAUGCAGGCUGCGGAGGAGAUGCGAAUUAAGACUCUGAUGACCAGUAUGGCUGCCAUGGUAAAUGAAGAGGGGAGGCUGACGGCGAGUGCAGUGGGUCAGAUAGUGGGACUGCAGUCUGAGGAGAUCAAACAGAUCGCCUCCGAGUACGCAGAGAAGCAGUCGGAGCUGUCGUCAGAGGAGCGUUCAGAGCGCUACGGUCCGCUGCAGCAACACCGCAGGGCUGUGGCUUCAGUCCACAAACAGAUCCAGCAGAAGACCAAACAGCUGGAGGAGCUACGAGCCAAACACACGGAGGUGAAAACCGGCAGCGACGAGGCCAAAAAGAGUCUGACGGAGGCGACAGAGAUCUCAGAGAAACUGGACAAAGAGCUGAAGUCUUUGGAGGAGAUGGAGGAGCAGGCUGACAGCAGCCUCCUGGAGAAGCUGAGGGCUCUGGUGACGAUGAACGAGAACCUGAAGCAGCAGGAGCAGGACUUCCGCACUCACUGCAGAGAAGAGAUGGUCCGACUGCAGCAGAACAUUGAGGAGCUGAAGACGGCAUCAGGACAGAAUACAGAGGAGGACGAGGAGAGGAACCAGCUGAUAGACAAACAGUACAACACAGACAGAGAGAAACUGCAGAAGAUCCGUCUGCUCAUGGCUCGAAGGAACCGAGAGAUCGCCAUCCUGCAGAGGAAGAUCGACGAGGUGCCGAGCCGGGCCGAGCUGACCCAGUACCAGAAGAGGUUCAUCGAACUCUACAGCCAAGUUUCUGCAACACACAAAGAGACCAAACAGUUCUUCACUCUGUACAACACGUUAGACGAUAAGAAGGUUUAUCUGGAGAAGGAGGUGAAUCUGCUGAAUUCAAUUCAUGACAACUUCCAACAGGCGAUGUCGUCUUCAGCCGCCAAGGAUCAGUUCCUCAGACAGAUGGAACAAAUCGUGGAGGGAAUCAAACAGAAUCGCAUUAAGAUGGAGAAGAAGAAGCAGGAGAACAAGAUGAGAAGAGAUCAGCUGAACGACGAAUACCUGGAGCUGCUCGACAAACAGAGGCUCUACUUCAAAACCGUCAAAGACUUUAAAGAGGAGUGUCGGAAGAACGAGAUGCUGCUGUCCAAGCUGAGAGCUAAAGGAGCCUCGUAGCUCUGACUGUUGGUAAACUGUUUAUUGGUGUAAAUAAAAUCUGUAAUCAAUAAUAAUAAUAAUAAUAAUAAUAAUAAUAAGAGCGAAACGCAUCAACUGUUAUUAACAUUCCACUCUGUUCCAUCUUGUUGUAAACACAUUUAAACUCUUCACAAGAAUCAGCUUAAUGACAAACAGAAAUGUUUUUAAUUUUGUAAAAUGAGCUGUAAAUCAUACCAAUGUGUUUAAAUAAUGAUGUUGAACGUUUACUGAGCUCAUUUAAAGCCUUUAAAGCUUCACUGGCUACAAUAAAAUCCUCCUGUUGAUCAUGAAGAGACUAAACGAUGUCCGAGCGCCCGAAUGUCUGCUGAGGUUUGCAGUGUUUGUAACGCUUGCUGAGGUCUGAACGCGCCUCGUGCAUCGAUGUACAAUCAGCGCUGUUACUCACCUCAGAUAGGAGCUGCACGCUCAGACACUGCGUCCUAUCACCAGUCACAUGAUGAGUGUGUGAAGGAAACAUCCUGUGUAUGAGCACGUUCACAUCUACAGCUGCAGAGCUACGAGCUGUUAAUAAACAUCUGUUCCCACGCAGCCACCGGGACUCAGACCGGGACUCAGACCAGGUCCUGGGAAAUCCUGCACACUGUGAUUCAAAAUAAAACAACGUCUGAUUUCACGUGUUUAUCUCUUGAACUGGUAGACAAAGCUGAUCUUAUUGUAGGAAACAUGUUAAAUAUCAUAUUACACUGAAUCACAAAGGAUUGAUAUUAAACUCUGAUUGUAUCAAGAAUAAAAGAGUAUAAAUAG